AUGGAGCGCAAUCUAUCAGCAAAAGCAACUAAGAUACGCCACCGUUUGACUUUCACCAGAAGCAACUCCGCGCGAAACCUGGAAUCAACACUGGCCUCACCCAUUGAGGACAGUCCAUCAAGCAGUCGUCCCCGCUCAGCCACUAAUCCCGAGUCUCCCACCUAUGACGAGCCAACGUGGGACAGCAGGGACCCCGAUCCCGUCCGAGGCUACACUUUCACUGAUGAACCGGGCUACUUCCGCCCUGCAUCGCCGUUCAUUGACCGCCAAGAGAUCGAAGAAGACCUCGAAGCCGAUAUCAAGCAUGCAUGCGCUAUGCUAUCUCACAACAUUGACCGUGGCAUUCCAACCGGAUUGUCCUAUGGAAGCACCGUUCCAGUCUCGACAGAUAGACAAAAUCCCGCCGGUCAGCCUAAUGUCGAUGCAGCGCCUUCAUCUUUGAAACAGAAUGUCAUUCUUCUAUCGGCGCCCAAGCCAAUCAGCCUCAAAGCAGAAAGCACCAAGAUACAUGAUUCCGGCGUUGGUAUGAGCUUGAAUUCGCCCAGCCAGCCAGGGAGGACAUACGGCAACAGCGUAUCGCGCACAAACAGCUCAACACGGUUCUAUAACAAACAACCCUCCGCUUCACCACCACACAGUUCAUCAUCAGGAUCCCGCUCCCGGAGUCACAGUCUAGCAACAACGAUCGAAGAGGAUAACCAAAUGGAGCGAUCCUACUCUUCAAGCCCGGCUCCGUUCCCAUACAGUCCCCCGCAAUUCAACAGCAAGUGGCCUUCCAAGCCAACGACCCUCGACAGCCCAGUCAGCUCGCUCAACGAAAGUGACACCAACACAAAUGCGAACAAACCCGACACAUUCUCUCCCGCCAUAUCUCCACAAGAAGCACCAUCUCUCGGCGGGACAGACAGGCCCUGGAUUCACGCUAGCAGAGACAUCCAACGUUUCACCGACGAAGAAAAGCCGACGGCAACCCAAGCCAAGAAUCCAAAGCCAGUGGCCCGCUUCUACAGUUCCUGCAACCAAACAAUAGGAGAAUUCAACCCCUGUGAAUGGCCGACAAAGAAUUUCCGGGAGAAUCGGAACCCGAGUAUUUACAGCGAAUUUUCAUUAUGUUCGUCAUUGGGAAGGGGCACAGUGUCCAGACUCGAAACAGGUAAUUCGAGAUUGGGUGGGUCGACAAAUGAAGAAAAUUUGCCUGGCGGAUACCCUUACCAAACGUUUGCCGGGCCCAAUCGCGGGAUGUCUUACUCGGCUUCUUAUUUGGGGGAUGAGUCGAAGCACAAGGAACGUGUUUACUCUGUUGCUAUGGCCAGUUCGCCGCCUAAAAAUAACCGGCGAAAGAAGGCCUCGCUUUUGUUGCGGAAGCUGACUGGUCUGGGGACGAGGAAGGAGGACAAUGGGAAUGAGGUUUGCUGA